AAAAAUCGAACAAUUCUGUUUGAUUAUUAGCAACAUCAAGUUUGUUUUCUGUUUGCUUUUGCUUUCUCUUGAACUUAAUUAUUUUUUUUAUAAUUUUCCUUAAUUUUUCGACAAAAACUGCCAGCCAUAUGCUGCGUUUCUUUCAGUAAUGGCGAAUCAGGAAAUAAGUUUAAAAUGGAACGGGUAUCAAAACAACAUUUUGACGAAUGUUAAGGGCUUGUUUGAGGAUGAGGGGUUGUCGGACGUAACAUUGGUUUCCGAGGGGGUUAGCUUCAAGGCUCACAAAGUAAUUUUGUCAGCGAACAGUUCUGUGUUCAAGACAAUUUUCCAGCAAAACCCCCACAAGGAUCCUAUAAUAGUGCUUCAUGACAUCAACACAGCGUCGCUCCGAACGUUACUGACGUUCAUGUACAAUGGAGAGGUGAAUGUGACUGAGGAGUUCCUGCCCAUGCUGCUGAAGACAGCGGAGGCGUUGAGGAUUUGUGGUUUAUCGACGGGAACCGAAAGCACGCGAGAUGAUGAGAAACCAGCUAGUACCACUACCGCUACCACUACUACUGCACAGCCACCUAAAAAACGCAAGAAGAGCGAAAAUGAAGAUAACAACAACAAAGCUAAAAAAACGGCUCCGACACCACCAAAACCUGAUACUGGUACUAAUCUUAGUGCCUCGGAGUCCUUCAAAAAUAAUAACAUAGUGCCAAAGCUGGAGCCUAUUGACUCGCCACUAACCGAUUACUCCGGAGACAAUACAAAUGACACAGACAUCGCUCUCCUAGAUGAAAACGAGAAAAAGUACUCAACAAGCCCUGAAAGUUUCUCAAGCAAAUCCGUUUGCACUACCGCCUCGGGAGAUCGUACUGUCAAAAAAUGGAUUAACGAAGUCAGCAGCACGCAACCUUGUCUAAACAUUAACGAAAAAGCCAUAGAUAAUAUUGAUGAUGAUAAAGAGUGCAUAGAAAUAGACAAGGAAGUUGAGACAGUGUUGCAGAGUGGAACUAUAGUUGAAUCUCUAAGCAUUACGACAGAAAACUUGAAUUCUGUGUCCAGUGAGGCGCAGAAUUGUAAAGAUAAAAACACAUGCUAUGCCAACCCGUCGUUUCCUUGUCCGUUUUGCCCUCGCGUGUACAACAGUUGGGGGUAUAGGAGGCGACACGUCAAAUCUCGACAUAUGACGAACAGAUUGUCCUGCAAAUGGUGUGUCUCCAUCCUCCCAUCCACCGGGGCCUGGUACAGCCACGCCACCAGAGCACACGGCGUGCCCCACGAAGAGGCCCGGAACUCUCUAGUAGUUAUGGUGGAGGCCCAUGCCGUUCUAACCCUGAACGAACCCAGCGUGGCCCAGUUAUUAGGACAAGUAGGAAUGGGAGAUGGGAAUGUAGUGGAAAAGACUGCUUAAGGUAUGUUUUUUGAGUAUUUAUGGGCAGGGCCCGCGGCAAUUAUAGGUCUACUUAUCUCAGCCGGUUAUUAAAUUGGCGCGGUGAUUUUCUAUAGCUAGGACGGCGGACGAUGUUGUUUAUAUAUUUAAUUAUUACGGUGAGCCCUUGCAGUUACACUUUGACCCAUCAGGAUCUUUGUGCAAUCACCCUAUCAAGAGCAACCGUUUGCCUACUCAAGAGUUUUUUCGAUGUGUCGUAUGAUGGAGCUCAAAGUUUACUUACUUAACAUAAUUCAAAUCGGCUUCAUCCAGCCAAGCCUUCACCAGUCCGUUGUCGGCCAUAAUAAUUUCAUACAAACCGCCUCAGAUAAACAAUAGACCUAUAUACCCUUUUAUCUCAUGUCAAAAUUAAUUUUAAGGUAUGUUUGGAAUAUUGUAUCUUGUAUUGGAUUGCAAGUGGAUUUUAGGUUAAGAAACAUAUUUUUGAUAUAAUAUAAAAAUGAAAAUCAAAGGUCGUGUCUUGAGCUUGAUAAUAUUGAUAUAUUAUUAAAAAGCAAAUUAUGAAUACAAUUAUACAUAUAAAUCUCAGAAAGAUUCUAUAGUUUAGUAGCGUGUAUGAACAGUGAGAAGAUUUCUGGUCUCUUAUAUUAAUUAAUAUAGUUUCGUAUUUUUUAAAGAUUUAGAAUACAAUGAUAAUUAUUCGGUCCAUAUUUUGUGUGUGUUAUAUUUGGGCAAUAACUAAUUGUUUGGUCAGUCCAUUUUUUCGAGUAAAGGCCAGUUAAACGGUAAUAUGGUCAGUAAGAGCACCUGUUUCUUAUUUGCACUUAAGCAUAUUGUGUCAGAUCAGUUAAUUGUAUGUAUAACAACUUAUAGUCGUGACAGAAUGAUAAUAUUCGAACUGAAAGAAUAUUAUUUUAAUAAUUAAGGAAAAUGUCCUAAUCCUAGGCACUGCUGUAUCACUUCUAUCAGUCAUCAAAGAUUCGGUUUCGGCCAAAAAUGACCGAAACAUUCGGCCGGGCCGAAUCAUACGAAAUGGUACUUCAUACUAUGAAACUAAACUAUGUGACAAAUACCAAAAGUUAGGUAACAAGUGGAACAAUAAUAUUAAAUUACUGAUUUAUGUAUACAGAAAUUAAUUGGUAUAUUGGAAAACACAAUUCCCUUAAUGGCGCGCUACUGGACGGUCGACGCAGUCUUAAUAAGUGUAUAAUAGUACAUUACGAUACAAGUGCGAAAAAUAGGAAAUUCGAAACGAGUGGCGAUAAAUUAAAACACGACCGAAGGGAGUGUUUUAAAUCGACACGAGUUGCGAAUUACCUAUUCGCACAUGUAUCGUACAACGUUUUACAGUACAUAUGGCCCUUUAAAUGUUCGACACAGUAACGUAAUAUGCUACUUUUCGCACUAGUGCUAUAAAGUAGCCCCAUAUGUACUGUAAAAGCGGUUUUAUGACAUUAAUGCAACUAUUUUAACAAGUCUACAAAAGUUUCGGUUUCGCCGUAACUAGAGCCAAAGCUUCGGUUUCGGUUAAAAAACAUGUUUCGGUCGGACAUUAGUUAUAAAGUACACAUGGUUUGUAUAGAUUUACUAGAUGGAACUGCUAGGCGGUAAAAGGAUUAGUCAAACUGUAACGCGUGAUAAUUUAAUUACCGCAUAAUAUACUGGACCAUGCAGCGCCAUCAAGUUACGCGAUCGCGUACGAUAUUUUACAUUGUGCAUCCUAUUAACCAUUCGUCUGUGUUCUGCUAAAUCCUGUCCAGAUUUUUACAUCACGUUUAAGAAGGAUUUUGUGCUUUACGUUAUACGGUAUGACCGAGGUUUGAACCUAUGAUUUUAGUAACCCAUCCGCAUACAGGAGGAUAAUGUGAAAAUAGCAUGUCAAGGGUUAGGACAUUUUUUCCUCACUUGAAUUAAUAAAGGAUCAAAAUUCUUGUUGCGACGCCGAUGUAACAAUUUUUUUGUUAUAAUUAUUGAUUACAUUUGCAUUAUAUUUUUUUAAUAAUACGGUUAUUUUGUUGUAUAUUUAUUGUUUUAUAAUGAUCUCAAGAAUAGUGGUGAGACGCUGAAGAAUUAUGAGUAAGAAUCAAGAGGUUAUAAAUACUUUUUUCACGUCAGCAGCUAGAACAAGGGUAAUUUGCUGCUUAAAAACAGUGAGCAAAAUCGCAUUUUGCUCACCGAGUGAGACAAAAUAACAUUCAAGUGACCUUUAGAUUCGAAUGUCAUUUCCACG